UUUUAUUAUCAAUUGGAUUGGUAUUUCCGUGCAUAUCGUUCUCGAAAAGAUAACAAACAAUAUUUACAAUCGGAAACAAAGCUAUGACUUCAAACUGUCGUUAUAGCGAUGUUCAACAGCUGAACCAAUAAUUUGACGCCCCAUUAUUGAAGAAACAACACAAAACCACCAAUGGCGGAGACUCUCAGCCCGCUGUCGCCCAGCACGAACCGCGGGCCCCGCGGGUUCAUGGGCUCGCUGCGCGCGCGGCUCGGGCGCACCCCUGCCACAAGAUCUGCCGGAGAAGGAUAUGUGGAAUUCGGAGAGUUCCGGUCGGAGCGGCCCGGCAUCAAGAAGGUCGGGACCUUCGCUGGGGUCUUCUGCCCCGUCGUGUUGUCCAUGUUCAGUGCUCUGGUCUUCAUCAGAAUGGGGUACCUGGUCGGCAACGCGGGUCUCCUGGUGACCUUGGCGCAGUUCCUACUAGCCUACCUGAUCGUGGUGUUCACCGUCACGUCCAUAUGCGCCAUCUCCACCAACGGCGCCGUGGAGGGGGGAGGGGUCUACUUUAUGAUAAGUCGAACGUUAGGACCAGAAUUCGGAGGCGCCAUUGGAACUCUAUUCUUCUUCGCUAACGUGGUCUCUAGCGCCCUCUGUAUCUCUGCUUGCACUGAAGCGCUGGUGGAGAACUUUGGACCCCAUGGAUACCUGAUCUCUGACAACCAGCCCGCGCUACCUGACGGCGACUGGUACCGGUUCCUGUACCGGUCAAUCCUCAACGCCAUAGGGCUGUGCGUCUCGCUCGCCGGGGCGUCGCUCUUCGCACGCACCAGUCUGGCGAUAUGGCUGACCAUGGUCGUGUGUUUGGGGAGCGCUAUGCUGAGUUUCUUCAUAACGGCUCCAGCACUGAUCGAGCGCCCCGAGUCCAACACACUAACCAACGUGACGUACUUCAACUACACCGGUCUCAGCAGCGCCACUCUACUGUCCAACUUGUACCCGAAAUACGGACGGGAUUACUCCACCACGGACGGGGGGUUUGCUGACUUCGCUUCCGUGUUCGGUGUGCUGUUUACUGGAGUUACUGGGGUUAUGGCCGGGGCUAACAUGAGUGGUGAGCUGAAGAACCCGGCCAGCAGCAUCCCCCGCGGGACCCUGGCGGCGCUGCUGUUCACGGCGCUGUCGUACGCCGCGCUGUCGGUGCUGACGGCCGCCACGUGCAGCCGCGAGCUGCUGCAGAACAACUACGUGUAUCUGCUGCCCGCCAACAUCUGGCCGCCGUUCAUCGCUGUCGGUAUGUUGAUGGCGACAUUUUCCGCUGGCUUGUCUAACCUGAUCGGAGCGUCGCGAGUAUUGGAAGCGCUCGCUAAGGACAAUAUUUAUGGUUUCCUCCUCCGCCCCAUGGUGUCCCACUCAGGGAACCCCGUGCUCGCCGUCAUAGCGUCCUGGCUGCUAGUCCAAAUAGCCAUAGUGACCGGCUCACUCAACGCCAUAGCCCAGAUCAACUCCGUGUUAUUCAUGACUAGCUACUUCGCUAUUAACUUGGCGUGUUUGGGACUGGAUUUAGCUGGUGCUCCUAACUUCAGGCCGUCUUUCAAGCACUUCUCGUGGCACACGUGCCUGGCCGGUCUACUGGGCUGCGCGGGAGUAAUGUUCGCGUUACGGCCCGCGCACGCCAGCGGCGCCGCCCUGGCGUGCGCGGCGCUGGUGUUGACGCUACAUGCACUGUCGCCUGCCGCGGCGUCGCCUGCUUGGGGCAGUCUUAGUCAAGCGCUUAUAUUUCACCAGGUCCGCAAGUACCUGCUGCUGCUGGACCCGCGGCGCGAGCACGUCAAGUUCUGGCGGCCGCAGAUGCUGCUACUGAUCGCCUCGCCGAGGCAGCAGGCGCCGCUCAUAGACUUCGUUAAUGACCAGAAAAAGGGCGGUUUGUUCGUGUUGGGACACGUUCGGGUUGGAGAGCUGGAUGGCAGCGGCGAUCCUCUGGCAGAAGAACACAAAUACUGGCUCCAGCUCAUUGAUCACCUCAAGGUAAAAGCAUUCGUAGAGCUGUGCCUAGCGCCCUCUGUACGCAGCGGAGCGGCGCAACUGACUCGCCUCGCCGGACUCGGAGCCAUGAAGCCAGACACAGUGCUACUAGGGUUCAGAGACCAGGCGCCUCCGAGGGACUUCUUCCGGGACCCCAACUCCCCCUACAAAACAGAGCAGUUCGACACGGAAACCGGGGACGUAUUUCCCCUCCGCGGCGCUGACUCAAAACUCAGCGCUCACGAAUACGUGAGGGUCGUCGCUGACGUGCUCAGCGUCAACAAGAACGUGGGGCUGUGCAGGCAUUUCCACAAGCUGGACAUGGCGGCUGUCGAACGGAAGUCAGCAGCGCUGAAAUACAUUGACGUAUGGCUGGUAGAGCCUCUAGCAGCGCACGGGUGCUUCACAGUGCGGGCAUUGUUCGCGCUGCAACUCAGCGCCGUUGUCCGCUCAGCGCGUGGUUGGAGGCACUUGCAGUUAAGAGUUUUUACCAAACCGGAGCCUGAACAAGGUGUAUUAGAAGCUGGUAGGACGUUACCAGUAAGCGAAGACGCGUCUCUGGACCCCAGUAUAGUGAACCUAGCACCAGGCAGACCGGUGCAGGAGAGACUCCAGCAUCUCCUGCGACUGCUGCGUAUUAACGCCACGGCGCAUGUGAUAUCGGAGUGGCCGGCGCCGGACGAGACGAGCCGGUGGAUGUCCGACAACUCGGACCACUCCAUAUACCAAAGAGUGCCACUUACUCACCUGCAGAAGGUGAACAGUAUAAUCAGGAGUCGAAGCGGCAGUGAGACGGCAGUGACUUUCCUUCAACUGCCCGAGCCGCCGCGGCUCACCGCCGAGCUGAGUGACGCCGACAAAACCAUCUGCGGACAAUAUCUACAGGUUCUAGACGAAUUCACUAAAGAGCUCUCCCCAACGAUACUGGUGCGAGGACUGAAGCCGGUCACCUCCACGGCUCUGUAAAUAUAGGAAAUAAGUUAUAUAAUAUAU